AGCGCUGCGCAUUCAAAACAGUUCAUGAUCAUGACUUUAUGCGAAGAACGGUGUGCUAUGGAUCACGUAGCGUUCGGCAGCUUUGUUAUGGUUUAGGCGCUGCAUUUUAUCUUGUGUUCUGGUUGUGUUGUUCUUUUAAUUUAUCCCUGAGCAGUUACGAUGGAUAGCGAUAGUGUAAAGUUAGAAAGGAGAGCCGUUAGAAGAAUAAUUGACGCGAAAUUGAAAGCGAGGCCAGCUGUUGUUAUUCAUAUUGAAAGACGGGAAAACAAUGAACUCUACGAGAAAACGGGUGAAGGCUGGAGUAGGUUGGGCUAUGCGGAAAGUUUUGACAUCGACAUAAAGUCAGUGAAAGACGAUGUGGAGCGCAUACACGUCAACAAGGUGUCCCCGGAAGAGUUUGUUGAGAAGUACGAGAAGAUUUACAAGCCAGUAGUAAUCCAGGGUGUGAUGGACAACUGGAAGGCACAGUACAAGUGGACGUUGCCUAGGCUGGCGCGGAAGUACCGAAACCAAAAGUUCAAGUGUGGAGAAGAUAAUGAUGGUUACAGUGUGAAGUUAAAGAUGAAGUAUUUUGUGCACUAUAUGGAAAAUAACGAUGAUGAUAGUCCUCUCUACAUAUUUGAUAGCAGCUAUGGAGAGCACCUGCGUCGGAAGAAGCUGCUAGAAGACUACCAGAUUCCGAAGUACUUUGCGGACGACCUGUUUCAGUACGCUGGGGAAGAAAGAAGGCCUCCCUAUCGCUGGUUUGUGAUGGGAUCGGCUCGCUCCGGCACCGGAAUUCACAUCGAUCCCCUCGGCACCAGCGCUUGGAAUGCAUUAGUCCAUGGGCACAAGAGGUGGUGCCUCUUUCCAACGCACACGCCGAAAGAGAUGCUGAAGCUGAAGCCCGAAGAUGGAGGAGGCAAACAGAGGGACGAAGCCAUUACGUGGUUCAAAUUGGUCUACCCCAAGACACAGCUACCAACUUGGCCAGAGGACUGCAAGCCUUUGGAGCUGCUCCAGAAACCAGGAGAGGUGGUGUUUGUGCCGGGAGGCUGGUGGCACGUAGUACUGAACCUUGAGAACACGAUUGCUGUCACCCAGAACUUCUGCAGCCCCACAAAUUUUCCCAUCGUGUGGCACAAGACAGUGCGUGGUCGACCAAAGUUGUCGAAGAAAUGGUACCAGGUCCUCAAGGAGCAACGCCCUGAGCUGGCUGCAGUCGCUGACAAGAUAGACGUGUCUCAAGAAACGGGAGUUGCAUCAGACACUUCAACAGGUUCUAGUUCUUCAUCUUCAGACUCCUCUUGUUGCUCGAGCUCAGACGAUGAGGACUCUGGCAAAGAGAGCAUAGGAGACUACAAACGCAAGAGUGUCAAGCCAAAGAAUGAAAGGAGGUCAUCUACUUUUCUGGGCCGUGCGAGGAAGUUCUUUGUUAUCCUAUGGAAACUUAUUUUCGUGAUUCCGUGGGUCACCUAUGACGAGGAAACGUUCCACAAGCCGAGAAGACAAGAGCAUGCGGUGCAAUUCGUGUAGGUCUUGACAAAGCACGCCUCAAUAGGGACACUGAAACACCACGGAGCUGGUGCUGCGCAAGAUCGUGCUUUUCUCAGGCUGACACACCACUGUUGCGUGUUCCACGAGGUGCAUGUGUGUGGAUCGUUCUUUUUUUACGUACUUUUUAGGAUACCUUGCUGCCUUCGUGUCUGACACCAAAAAAAGUUUUUACGCGGCUAUGUCUGGAGCAGCAGCUUGGAAUCCUGCCAUCUUGGCCACGUGGCGGAGCUGGAAGCUGUCGUGUUUUUCCAAGCUAGGUAUGCUUUCACAGCUUGAUUUAGCCGUUAAUAAAGUGCUGUUUCAUCCGUGUA